GCCCGCCCUUCCUCCUCCUCCUCCUCCUCCUCCUCCUCCUCCGCCGCGCCCGCCGGACGCUGACAGAGCGGCGGAACCUGCCGCCAGCGCCGCCGCCGGAGCCCCUCAGCCGCCGCCGGGGCCCCGGGGGAGCCGCCGGCGCUGCCGCUGGCCAUGGUGGCCCGCCUGCCGCCGGGGGGGCAGGAGCAGGCGCGGCGGCGGCGGCCGCCAUUGCGCGCGGGGGCCGCGGGACUAUGAAGGAUGGAAGCGGACGAGGUGUCGAUCCGCGAGCAGAACUUCCACAGCCAAGUGCGGGAAUACACGAUCUGUUUUCUCCUCUUUGCUGUUCUCUACAUAGUUUCCUACUUCAUCAUCACGAGAUACAAAAGGAAAGCAGAUGAGCAAGAGGAUGAAGAUGCCAUUGUUAACAGAAUAUCGCUGUUCUUGAGCACCUUCACUCUAGCAGUUUCAGCUGGUGCAGUCCUGCUUCUACCUUUCUCAAUAAUCAGCAAUGAGAUCCUGCUUUCUUUUCCACAAAACUACUAUAUUCAGUGGUUAAAUGGCUCACUAAUUCAUGGUUUAUGGAAUCUUGCUUCUCUUUUUUCGAAUUUAUGUUUGUUUGUGUUGAUGCCCUUUGCCUUUUUCUUCCUGGAGUCUGAAGGAUUUGCUGGCUUAAAAAAGGGCAUCAGAGCACGAAUUUUGGAAACCCUUGUAAUGCUUAUUCUUCUUGCACUGCUUAUCCUUGGAAUUGUAUGGGUGGCUUCAGCACUCAUAGACAAUGAUGCUGCCAGUAUGGAGUCUUUGUAUGACCUCUGGGAAUUCUACCUCCCCUAUUUAUAUUCCUGUAUAUCAUUGAUGGGAUGCUUGUUACUUCUGUUAUGCACGCCAGUGGGACUUUCACGAAUGUUUACAGUCAUGGGUCAGUUGCUGGUGAAGCCAACAAUCCUUGAAGACCUAGAUGAGCAGAUGUAUAUAAUCACUUUAGAGGAAGAAGCAAUUCAGAGGAAGCUUAAUGUCGUCUGUCGUACAUCUCAGUCUCUUUCAAAUAUCAGUGUAACUUCCACAGUGGAAUACCAGGCAGUAGAGUUGGAACGGGAGCUUGAAAAAGUGAAAAGCAAGAAAAUGAACCUAGAAUGGCGGAAAAAAGCUUCUGCUUGGGAAAGGAACUUAGUCUAUCCAGCUGUUAUGAUCUUGUUGCUGACUGAGACGUCCAUCUCAGUCUUCCUAGUUGCCCUCAACAUUCUUUACCUGUUGGUUGAUGAGACUGCGAUGCCAAAGGGAUCAGGGGGGCCUGGAAUAGGAAAUGCCUCCUUAUCCACCUUUGGUUUUGUGGGAGCAGCACUUGAAAUAAUUUUGAUUUUCUAUCUUAUGGUAUCCUCUGUUGUCGGCUUCUACAGUCUUCGUUUUUUUGAAAAUUUCACUCCCAGGAAGGAUGACACAACUAUGACAAAGAUCAUUGGAAACUGUGUCUCAAUUUUGGUGCUGAGCUCUGCUUUGCCAGUGAUGUCAAGGACACUGGGAAUCACCAGAUUUGAUCUCCUUGGAGACUUCGGAAGGUUUAACUGGCUGGGGAACUUCUAUAUUGUGUUAUCUUACAACUUGCUCUUUGCUAUCGUGACAACGUUAUGUCUGGUUAGAAAGUUCACGUCUGCUGUGAGAGAAGAGCUCCUGAAGGCAUUAGGAUUAGAUAAACUUCAUCUGUCAAACAAUCCAAGAGACUCGGAGACAAAACCGUCUGCAAAUGGGCAUCAGAAAACACUGUGAUUAACAAUCACCUGCAAUCAACAGAGCUGAAAACAUCAACCUCAUGGCAUUCCUGUCAUCUCAUCAGCAUUUUUGUAUCGAUUUUGUUUGUUGAUAAUUUGGGUCCAACCUUGUUUAAUUUUUUUGAUGCUGUGUGCUUCUGAGGAAGUUAAGUAUAUCAGAUUCUUCUCUUUCCAGUGAACUUUUGGUUUGCUUGUUUAUUUCCCAGUAAGUUAAUGCAGGAGGUGCCUUGAAGACUGGAAGCUGAAGAGAAGAAUGCAUUCCUUUUUAUUUGUUGGCAGUCUCAUAUCUGUAGGUAUAAACCCACUACCAUUUGAAUGCACAGUACCUCCUGUGUUGUACAGGCACAGCUAUAAAGAAUAACUUUGGGAUUUGGUUUAAAAAAAAAAGAAAGAAGAAAAAGAGAUACACUUGAUGCCCAAUAUGACCCUUACUGGGAAUGUAAACUAUCUGGAGUAGGUAUCCUUGAAAGUAGAUAAACAGUUCCACCAAGAACGUGUUAAAAAUGGCAGUAGCUGGUAGAGAUCACAGUUCCUUUCAUACUGGGGGCAGUAGGGCUGUUCACAGUCUAAUGUUAUGAAGCUGUCUGGGAAGGCUAUUGUUUUCAGCUUUCUGUUCUUAGCUAUAAAUGCAAGGCUGCUUUACUGGUUGUCAGACAAUGUCUUACCAAAUGGAGUGGAGUACAAGAUGAAGAUUAACUUCAAUGUUAAAUCUGAGCCUAGUAUGCUUUGUAAAAAGCUGUGUAGACUCCCUGUCACAGCUCUUACAGGUCUGUAAGCUGUUGUGCUGUGGAGGUCACUUACCUUACCAAGUAUGUCCCUGUAAAACUCUUUAUAAACUACUGUGUAUAAGCAGUACUUGUAAUCCAUGCAAGAAGCACAGGCCUAGAAGGCUGCAAUUGCAGGUUUUUACGAUCUUCGUUAAUUUGAAGUAAAUUAUUUCUCUGAAUUUAUACUAUAGUUACCAGGAUUUCUGUUCAGUGGCAUAAUCCAGUAUCUUUCAUGAGACUGUUUUUUAAUGUACACACAAACGUGUAUAUAGGCCUGUAUGUGUAGAUACUGUAAACUACAUUCUAAGCUUAUAGAGAUGAGAUGGGUGGGUUGGUAAGUAAAACUUGUGUGUUCAGUCUCAGUGGUAAGAAUUUCUGUGGUGUUGCAGUUUAACUGCUCAGAGGCCUUAGAUCCAGGAUGGCAUUGGUGGGGGGUAAUGUCUUUUUUCUUCGCAUUACUGCAGCCUUAGGGAUCCUUUAAGCAGUUUAUAGUAAAGAAAUAACCCACCAACCAAAACCCAAGUAAGUAUUCAGAACCUGGUUGCACUUUUUUGUCCUGCUCUGCCACAAGUAAUAUUCAAACAGAUGGGAAUGAGGACAUCUUCAGUGACACCCUCAAUGUGCCCAUGAUGUAGCAAGUCAGAUAAUGUUUGUGUUUAUUUCCUGUUUCUGUAAAACAAGUAUGUCUGUAGUUUGAGGUCUUACAUGUGACCAAGUGGUGACAACUAGCUGUCCAGUGUGGCUCCAAAAAAAGAGAGAGCUUGCAUCAGAAACUCUUGGGCUGUUCUCCUGAGAUGACUGCUCUGGGCUGUGUGUGAAUGUGAGCUGCUGCUUCUCCCCCCACCCCAGAGUGCUUAAAAAAUCAAGCUCCAGUAUGCACAAGGAUUUAUCAGUUAUUUUUUUGCAGGCUGCCUUUUCUGACUUGAACUGGGGCAUAAUGUAAAUACUGCUGUAGUAAAUAUGAUGCUAGAGAGUUACUUGGGGUUUUUUUUGGUGUGAUUAGUAUCAAUUCAAGGUUUAUUAAAAUGACUAUUGAUGUGUUGUACUGAGUCUUGAAAGACUUAAAGUAAAAUUGCUUGAUUUCAUUAAGAUACACAAGCAUCUCUUCUGUUGUUUGAGUUUAAUGCUGACAUUUUAAUUGGAAAUCUUUAUCUGAGUCAAAGUUCUGCAACCAAGAACAGGGAGCUGCAAUUAAAAUUGUUUUAAAUUGUGUUUACACUUAAAAUAUUAGAAAUUUCUUAUUAGGGGCAUCAUUCAGGUAUUCUGAGAGCUUGGAGCCUUACAUAUUAGUGUUACAGUUAAAAAUAUCUGAAAUGUAUCCACUUGUCCAUGCAAGUGACUGUGUGACCAAAAUUGUCCUUGUGUCUUAAUGGGGCUGGUGAACUGUGGUGUGUGAGGCUAGUUAGCUUUACUGAAAUGUUCCUAUUACAACUUUAAGACACUUAUUUAAAUACACCCUGUGAAACUGAAUUAAUGAAUUGAAGGACUAUAUCUAGAGAGUGUGAACCAGCAUAGGUCUUGCUGUUCAUGGUUUUGGAGAGAUGUUUGUCCUGACAUCAGUGACCCAAGAACAAAGGAAAAGAUGGGAUUGUAACAUGUACGUGGUUUCUGAAAGUGAGUUGGGGAGUUACUUUGAGCAGAGCCUGUUCUGGUGAUCAUCACACAAGUUCCAGGCAAGACUUGCAAAACUCUAAUUCAAAACAAAUGUUACAACCUUGCCUGUUCCCACCCCCUCUGGAUUCUGUGGAGAUGUGUAGGUUAAGGCUACCUUAGUAAAGAUUUUACACUGAAAUACAGAAGAUGGUUAAGAUGCUGCGUGGUUUCCAAGGUGGACCAGAAAUUCAAAACUACCUUGUGUAGUUACUGACAGUGUUGUGUUUUAAAAUCAGCUGUUGAUAUUGUGACACUGUCCACAUGAAAAUAUGCCUUUGGCCUUGACAAUGACAUGCUUAUGCAAAACUUCUUUACAGAUACAAUGCUACUUUCAGAUAUACUAUGUGUAAGAUAGGUCAAUAUAUACUUUUCACAGAAGCAUAUGGUCACUUAAAUACAAGCAACUGGUAAUUCAUUAAUGGAUAUUGACAGUACAUUCCUAGUAUUUUGACUCAUGUAGAGUCAGGUGGUCUAUACCUUCAAGGUAUAUACAGCUGAUCUUAGUAACAUUAACAUCUGCCUCACUUCUUAUGAGGCAAAAAGCACAUAAAUGCUUCCAUCUUCAACUAGAUACCACACAAGACCAAAAAAUAGAUGUAAACGAUGUGUUUUUAAGUUAGCCAUUUCUUGGCUUUAUUCUCUGUUGGUAGCACAAUAUUAAAUGCAGUGGCAGAACUGUAAUAUUGUGGGAUUUCUCAGUGUAAAGCACACAUACUUAUCACUUUAAGCUAAAAAAUUAUAGUAUUGGUUACUGUGGAAGUAACAGUUUUUGGAUUCAUAGGAAACUUUGUUUGCUGUCUGUAAUGUUAUGUUUAUUUUUGGCCCUGUUCCUCCAAACCCUUCUACCCUGUUGACUGUUUUACUGUCAUAGAAAUUAAAGGAUUUGACAAGUUGUU